GACAUUUUGGUCAUUUAGUUGGCACAACCUAUAUAUAAAACCACUCCUCCAAACCCUAUUCUUCAUUCACUUUUCAUACAUCUCUAAUCUCUAUUCGAUAAAAUUCUCAACACUCUUCUUUUCUUCUUCGAAAAAUCUACGAUUCAAGAUGCAAAUCUUUGUGAAAACAUUGACCGGCAAAACUAUCACCCUUGAGGUGGAGAGUUCUGAUACCAUAGACAACGUGAAAGCUAAGAUCCAAGAUAAGGAAGGGAUUCCACCCGAUCAGCAAAGGCUUAUCUUUGCAGGGAAACAAUUGGAAGAUGGUCGCACACUUGCUGAUUACAACAUUCAGAAGGAGUCUACACUUCACCUUGUGCUUAGAUUGAGAGGUGGAAUGCAAAUCUUUGUCAAGACCUUGACAGGGAAGACCAUCACCCUUGAGGUUGAAUCCUCAGAUACCAUUGAUAAUGUCAAGACCAAGAUCCAGGAUAAGGAAGGUAUCCCUCCUGAUCAGCAGAGGCUUAUCUUUGCAGGGAAACAACUUGAGGAUGGAAGGACUCUAGCCGAUUACAACAUACAGAAGGAAUCUACCCUUCAUUUGGUGCUUAGAUUGAGAGGUGGAAUGCAAAUCUUUGUGAAGACUUUGACAGGAAAAACUAUCACUUUGGAGGUUGAGAGUUCAGAUACUAUUGAUAAUGUGAAAACUAAGAUUCAGGAUAAGGAGGGUAUCCCACCAGAUCAACAAAGGCUUAUCUUUGCAGGGAAACAACUUGAAGAUGGAAGGACCCUUGCGGAUUACAACAUCCAAAAGGAGUCUACCCUUCAUCUGGUUCUUAGAUUGAGAGGUGGAAUGCAAAUUUUUGUGAAAACUUUGACUGGGAAAACUAUUACUUUGGAGGUUGAGAGUUCAGAUACUAUUGAUAAUGUCAAGACCAAGAUUCAGGAUAAGGAGGGUAUCCCACCAGAUCAACAAAGGCUUAUCUUUGCAGGGAAACAACUUGAAGAUGGAAGGACUCUGGCUGAUUAUAACAUCCAGAAGGAAUCCACUCUCCAUUUGGUAUUGAGACUUCGUGGAGGUAUGCAAAUUUUUGUUAAGACCCUCACUGGAAAGACUAUAACUUUGGAGGUUGAAAGUUCUGAUACAAUUGAUAAUGUCAAAACCAAAAUUCAAGACAAAGAGGGAAUUCCUCCAGAUCAGCAGAGGCUAAUUUUUGCCGGUAAGCAAUUGGAGGAUGGUCGUACUCUGGCUGAUUAUAAUAUCCAGAAGGAAUCCACUCUGCACUUGGUUUUGAGGCUUCGUGGUGGGAUGCAAAUAUUUGUGAAGACACUUACUGGGAAGACUAUUACCUUGGAGGUGGAAAGCUCUGACACUAUUGAUAAUGUGAAAACAAAAAUACAGGAUAAGGAGGGUAUUCCACCAGACCAGCAGAGGCUUAUUUUUGCAGGCAAGCAGUUGGAGGAUGGUCGUACCUUGGCAGAUUACAAUAUUCAGAAAGAAUCUACCUUGCACCUUGUUCUUCGUCUCCGUGGUGGAUUCUAAGUGUCUCUUUAGUAUGUUUGUUUGCAUUUGUGUGUUCCUUUUGUCUCUGUUGCUGUGUUAAAAUUGCUGUAUUCUCGAAACAUUUUUGAUGUGAUAACAUCUUUAUUUUCUCCUUGAAUAGAUGAAAGUGCUUUUGCCAUUUUAAAUAAAUUGUAAUUUUGUUAA